UUCUGCUUUUACCCCCAUCACUCGCUCAAUCUCCGUCUUGGUCAUUUUUGUCGUUAUAAUUGUUUGCGGACCUGUCACUUGCUUGCCACAAUCCCCAGUCUCUUGUCUCUUGGCAGAAUUUCACGUUGGACACUCUUGUCAGACAACAAUGUCCGCCGUCGCUUCGUCGGCCGUCGGCUCUCAGGGUCACAAUGCCCGUCAGUCGGCGCGCCAGACGAGGACAAACCCCUCGCGCACAUCAAAGACUCUUGGACGCUCGUCGUUUGCCUAUGGCCAUGGAUCAAUGAUGGAUCAAAUUUCGUCGCCUCCUGUACCCCAUGGAUUCUAUCCUGCGCUCACCCAUUUUACGGACGCUAUAACCGCCCUCCCACGAGAGUUCCGACGGCAUAAUUCGCUGCUGAAGGAGGUUGAUGCUAAAGCUUGGGCGCUGGAAGAGAAUCUACUGCAGCUACUCAAGGCUUCCUCUGAAUCACAGUCGGCUCCUUAUCCCUCUAAUCCUGCUCCUGUUAUCGGAGGCGUUAUCCGGGAAGAUCUUUUGCCUACGGAUAUUACACGAACUCUUGAAUCUCCAGAGAGUAAAAGCCGCCGCGUCCUUUUCGAUCGUGUUCGACAUACCCUCUCUGAUCUUAUGCUGACAGCCGAUGAGAAAAACCAUGUGAUCUCCAAUGCGAACGAUGAACUAGACCGCCAGAUAAUGCGGUUGGAUUCGAUCUUUCCCUUCAUUGCCGGCGAAAUAAGCGAAGAAGCUAGACUUGGAAGUCUCAACCAUUGGGCAUAUUCGAAUCGGAAUGCUCCCAAGACCACCACCAGCGAGCGUCCUCGCAGAGACGCUGCUUCGAAUAAGGAUCUUGUCCAUGCUCUGCAGGAGGCAGAAGCUGCUUCCCGCAGCGAAGCGAGACGGGAGGCCGUGCUUGCACGCAGGCGUCGUGCUCAUGCAGACUCGGAUAUUGAAGAAGCGCGGGCUGCUGGCACACGGAAAGGACAGAGCCAUAAAAGCCGCAUUCCUGCCGACCAUGGCUCUCUGGGCCACAGUCAGUCUGCGACGGGGUCAUCGGGUCAAGCGAAGCGUCGCAAGGUCGAACGGCCAGCGACUGUGGAGGCUGGCGCGGCGAUGGAGCGCUCUGCCAGCGGCGCAGGGGCGUCUGUGCGGGGAGGGGCCAAAGAGGCUACCGAUGCAGUCAAGAAAAGACCACGAGCGCCCAAUGCCAACGCAGCGGCUCGUAAGAGAAACAACACGGGAGCAUCUACAGCGGACUCGCCUGUUCUUGGUGCUUCUCCGCUAAUUGGAGCUGCUACAGCUGCCACAGUCCCUCGCAGUGCAGCCAGUCCUGGCCCCGGUGUUUCGCGACCACAAUCGUCUCGGGCACAACAAAAUGUGACCCAGGCGAAUGCUCGACAACGGCCAUCGUCAUCUGCAUCCAACCGAGUUCCUAGCUCCGGUAAAAUUACCGAAAACAAAGCGCCAUUGAAGGAAGCACCGCCUAGGACAGAGAUGGUACCACUGCCAGAUAGUCAUCGAGCCCCUGAGCCCGAGAGCAUGGACACACUGAAGACAGCUCCGCCCAUUGGUACUCAGCGAGACGAUACAGACCGGAAACCUACCGAAUCCAUCGAACCCUCCGACGCGCCGGUUUCGGCAUUAACCGCUGCGCCUAAAGGCAGAACAUCCAAGACCUCAACCCCUGUGCUUCCCCCUGCAGAGCCUGUCCAGCCACGUUCGCGACCCACAAGGAGCACAGAUAGCAGCGCACCGAAACGUACGCAGAAAAAGAACGGGGCCAAUACCGUACCUGUUCUGCCGCCCCCAGCGCCGGCAUCGGAUGCAGAGGAAUCACUCCACGAAGGAGACGACGAAGACGAGGAAGGUGAACCGCGGUACUGUUACUGUAAUGAAAUCAGUUUCGGCGAGAUGGUUGCUUGUGACAAUGAUGCUUGCCCUCGCGAGUGGUUCCAUCUCUCGUGUGUUGGUCUUACAAAGCCUCCUGGACGAAAUGUUAAAUGGUACUGUAACGAGUGCAAGGAGAAUAUGCGACGGAGUCGAAGUGGGCGGUAAAUCAUGCUAUAAGGGUGGAGAGGUCAUUAUUGCUUGGUGUUUAGGGGUCGUUUUCUCUUCAGCAUAAUCUACGCGGAUACCUUUGUUUUCAAGAUCUGAUAAAUAUCAGCUAUUCGACGUCAUUUGAGAGUGCGAGUACAUAAAGACUAAGUAGGUGUUCUAAGCGCGUGUAGAUGUGUCAGGGAGCCACGAAAGGGCGGGAAUGUGCCGAAGAUUCAAGGCACGGCUAGG